ACAAAUAUUUUCUGAACUUGGGGUUCAGUCUGCACAGAACCUGUGACACACAAAGUCUUUUUAGCUCUCAGAAACGGACAGACCUCAUACAACCACUGCUGCAAAGAAGGAAAUGAUGAAGGGGAGUAUUGUUUUGGGGGUUUUCUUGCUAUGCUUUCUUGCAAAUAAUCUAAGCGGUGCCAGAUUCAUUCCUGAAGGGGUGCCCUAUGAACAGCCCCCGGCUCUGCCCUACUGGUCUUAUUCCACCUCCGAUUUCUGGAACUAUGUGGAAUACUUCCGCAGCAUUGGGGCCUACAACCAGAUCAAUGAAAUGGCCAGAACAUUCUUUGCCCAUCAGCAUCUUGGAGACACGCUGGGUUAUGAAGUGCCAGAGCAACAUGGACACUAAAUUGAUGUUAUUAGUUCAUCACUCAUAGUUUAGUUUGUGUCAUUAGAAACUAACGAUAAUUUACUAAAUAGAACUAAAAACCAUUUAUAGCCCUGCGAUAAUGAGUGAUGUGUUAUAUCCUUAAAUGUAUAAAAAGCAUACAGGAAUAAGUAAAUUUUUCAUUGUAUUGUGAUUAACAGCUUCAGGGUGCAUGGUUGUGAUGUAUUAUACGACUAUUGCAGUUGCAAAUAUAUGAACUGUAAGAAAUAAAACAAUAAAGUGUCA